AUGGAUGAGUCUGUACCUUCGAAGAGCCAGUCUAAGAAGCUGGCUAAACGUGAAAAAAAGAUGGCUAAAUUUGAGGCCAAACAAGAAAAACUUUUGUCAGAUACUUCAAAGAAUCAAAAAUCGUCAAAGAAAGACAAAUUAAAAAAGGAGCAAGUUGUUCUGAAUGCAGUGGCAGACACGUCUGGCAAAAAAGAUAUGACUGGUGAAAUGCCUGAAUCAUACUCCCCCAAAUAUGUUGAAGCCAUGUGGUACGAAUGGUGGGAGCGUAGUGGGUUUUUCAAACCGGAAUUUCGGAUUGAAAGCCCAGACAAAUUUGUUAUGGUUAUACCUCCCCCAAACGUCACAGGAGUCUUGCAUUUGGGCCACGCUUUGACAAACAGCGUUGAAGAUGCUAUUACACGAUGGCACAGAAUGAAUGGAAAAGUUACACUCUGGAUUCCUGGAUGUGACCACGCCGGUAUCGCCACUCAGGUAGUGGUAGAAAAAAAGUUGUGGAGAGAGAAAAAACUCACUCGACAUGACAUUGGACGUGAUGAAUUUGUGAAAGAAGUUUGGAAAUGGAAAGAAGAAAAGGGUGAUCGCAUUUAUCAACAACUCAGAGCUUUAGGAAGUUCUUGUGAUUGGUCUCGAGCUAGAUUCACUAUGGAUCCAUCUAUGAGUAAAGCUGUUACAGAGGCUUUUAUUCGUUUAUACAAUGAUGGUUUAAUUUAUCGAAGCCUUCGGUUAGUCAAUUGGUCCUGUACUUUACGUUCAGCCAUAUCAGAUAUUGAAGUAGAUAAACAAGAACUUUCUGGACGUACUUUACUUCGUGUUCCUGGCUAUAAUAAACCUGUAGCAUUCGGAGUUAUUACAUCAUUUGCUUACCCUCUUUUACCUGAUCCUAGUAAAGCUGAAUCAGACACUGAAAUUGUUGUCGCAACCACACGACUUGAAACAAUGUUAGGUGAUACGGGCGUUGCUGUACAUCCUGACGAUAAUCGUUAUCGACAUUUAAUUGGUCGCCUAAUCAAACAUCCACUUAUUCCGGAUAGAUUAAUUCCAAUCGUUGGUGAUACAUUUGUUGAUCCGAAUUUCGGAACUGGUGCUGUAAAAUUAACACCUGCUCAUGAUCAUAAUGAUUGGGAAGUUGGGAAAAGGCAUUCACUUCCUACUGUAAUAGUAAUUGGUGAAGAUGGUCUGAUGACAUCUGCUGCAGGUCCCAGAUUUGAAGGACUUCAAAGAUUCAUGGCUCGGGAUGCCGUUCGGAAAGCUCUCGAUGAAUUAGGCUUGUAUAGAGGUGAAAAAGAUAAUCCUAUGAUUGUACCGAUAUGUUCUCGAAGCAAAGAUAUUGUUGAACCUAUGUUGAAACCGCAAUGGUACCUACGUUGUCAGGAUAUGGCUAUUGCCGCAAUGAAGGAGGUAUCGGAAGGUCGCUUACGUGUUAUUCCUAGUUUCCAUAUUCGUACAUGGAAUAAUUGGCUUAAAGAUUGUCAUGAUUGGUGUAUUUCUCGACAAUUAUGGUGGGGACAUCGUAUUCCUGCUUAUCAUAUUUCAAUGAAACAUCCUGGUGUAGAUCAUUUAGAAGUUUUGGAUCCUACAGAUCAUAAUUCAUGGGUAGUUGGUCAUACAAUUGAAGAAGCACUUCGAAAAGCCUGUGAAAAAUUCAACUGUCCGCCAGAAAGCUUAAUUUUAAAACAAGAUAAUGAUGUAUUAGAUACAUGGUUCUCUUCACAAUUAUUUCCAUUCUCUGUAUUUGGUUGGCCUGAGCAAACACCAGAUUUAAAAGCUUAUUAUCCUGGGAGUUUAUUAGAAACUGGGCAUGAUAUUAUAUUUUUCUGGGUUGCACGUAUGGUUAUGAUUGGUUUGAAAUUAAUGGGACAAUUACCAUUUCAUACAGUCUAUUUACAUGCUAUGGUUCGUGAUGCUCAUGGUAAAAAAAUGAGUAAAUCUUUGGGUAAUGCAAUCGAUCCGGUAGAUGUCAUCAAUGGAAUAUCUUUAGAAGAUUUACAAAAACAGUUAGAACAAGGUAAUCUUGAUCCGAAUGAAUUAACACGUGCUCGUCAAGCUCAAGCGAAAGAUUUUCCUAAAGGUAUUCCUGAAUGUGGAACUGACGCUCUUCGAUUUGCUUUAUGUGCUUAUACAGCUCAAGGAAGAAAUAUCAAUUUGGAUAUAAUGCGUGUACAAGGCUAUCGAUUUUUCUGUAAUAAACUAUGGAAUGCUGUUCGUUACGCAUUAUUUCAUUGUUUAGAUAAAGAAUUUAUCCCGCCAGAUAUGACUGAUUUAAAUAGUUUAUUUAAACAAUUCAUACAACAUAAUUUAUUAUCUGGUACUGACCGAUGGAUUCUAUCAAGAUUAGCUUAUGCUGUAAUUCAAUGUAAUACAGGAUUUAUAGAAUUUCAAUUUCCUAUAGCAACUACUGCUUGUUAUCAUUUUUGGUUAUAUGAAUUAUGUGAUGUUUAUUUGGAGUAUACCAAACCUAUUAUCAGAUUAAAACAAAAUCAUUCACAAUUAUCUACUAUGGAAAUUGAACGAAUUCAAUUAGUUUGUCAAAUACUUUAUGUUUGUAUCAAUUGUGGUCUACGUUUAUUACAUCCAUUUAUGCCAUUUAUUACAGAAGAAUUAUAUCAACGUCUGCUAACUAGAAGUAAUAAUAAUAAUAAUACUGUAAAUACUAUGGAUAGUUUAUGCGUGAAAUCCUAUCCUAAACUCAAUGAUGUAACUGUAUUACGUGAUGAAAAUGGAGUUGAAGCAGAUUUCCACCUGGUACUUAAUAUUAUUCAUCGUAUUCGUGGAUUACUUUCAGCUUGUCAUAUACCAAUUUCACUUGCUAAUCGUCAACCUUUAAAUGUUUUAUUAAUUGCAUCUGAAACUAUAUUAUCUACUCUUAUUAAUGGACAAUAUGUAAGUGAUGUAAUUGAACCAUUAGGUCGUUGUCGUGUUAUACAAAUGGUUUCAGAUCGUAAAAAUGCUAACACUUCUGGUUGUGUUAGCGGAACAGUUUCAGCAAGUGAUAUUUUAUGGUCCAACGAAGAGUCACCUGUUAAUACAGUCCCUGAAGAUAAUGACGAUGCUAGUAUGUUGAAUGGUGGAAAUCUAUGUUCCGAUGAUCAAUUAAAUUCUGUACUUGUUAUUAAAAAUUCACCUUCAAUCAUUCCAGCAACUUGUCAAAUAUUUCUACAUGUUGCCGGAUUAAUUGAUGUUGCAGUGGAACAGAAACGAUGUCAAUAUCGUUUAGUGGAAUUGAAAGAUUCCAUUGAAAGUUUGGAGAAAAAACGUCAACAUUCAACGUAUUCUGAGAAAGUACCAAUGAAAACUCAAUUGAUGGAUACGAAAAAGUUAUAUGAAUUAAACUUAGAAUUAGAAGGAUUAAAAGAGGUUAUUUCCAAUUUAAAUGAUAUGAAACAAAUUGAUGAGAAUGAUUCUUCAAUGACAAUUGGUGAAAUACUAUUGGAUGCUUUAUGUAAUUAUCUUGAUGUACAACAAAUACCAUUGGAUCUGUUUGAUCUUGAAGCGAAAAUUGACUAUAUUCUAAGCGAUGAAUUAAAAGGAGGAGAUCAAGUUUUACAAUAUUGUCAAAUUAAACAAUGGUUAUCAUGGAGUAUACGAAUCUUAUCAUUGAAUCAUAAAAUUGAUUCCAAAAAAUAUUCAAUCUAUAGAAAAUUGGUUGAAAAUUAUUUACUGAAUAAUAUUGCACUCUAUUUAAUUGGUACAAAUAAACCAACCAUAGCAGAUAUUAUUGUUGCUUAUACAUUAAUACAAUAUACGGAUCAUUCUGAAUGGAUCUCUUUCAAUAAUAAUAAACAACAUAUUGUUGUAUGGUUUGAUAAAUUGAAAGAUUAUUUCAGUAAAUCAAAUAAGAUGAGAUCACUUUUCAAAUGA